AUGUCCAGUACGUUAGCGUCCACUCUGGGCGCCUCAUUCGGUUCCGCCUCUGUUUCCAAAAAGGGAAACGUGGCUUCCUUCUCCCUGAAGGCCACCGCCAUCGACACCUAUGGUAACACCUUUGAGGCUCCAGACUACUCCAUCAAGGAUAUCCUCAGGGCCAUUCCUUCCCACUGCUACGAGAGACGUCUCGCUGAGUCCAUGUGGUAUGUCUUUAGAGACAUUGCCUGUAUGACUGCUUUUGGUUACGUUGCACAGAACUACAUCCACCUUUUGCCUUACUCGGGGCUCCGUUUCGCUGCUUGGGCUUUUUACACGUAUGUUCAGGGCCUUUUCGGCACGGGUUUGUGGGUCUUGGCCCACGAGUGUGGUCACUCUGCCUUUUCCGACUACGGCUGGGUCAACGACACUGUCGGCUGGGUCCUUCACUCGUACUGGUUUGUGCCUUACUUCUCGUGGAAGUUCUCCCACGGUAAGCACCACAAGGCCACUGGCCACUUGGACAGAGACAUGGUCUUUGUGCCUCACACCAAGGAGUCUUUCAUGGACAAGCACCACGCUCACUCACUUGAGGAGAUUGCCAGCGACUCUCCCAUCUACUCGUUGGGCCACUUGUUGGGCCAGCAGUUGGGCGGUUGGAUCAUGUACCUUUUCACCAACGUGACUGGCCAGAAGGUCGCCAAUUCUGCCUGGGGUAUGAACCACUUCAACCCUAGCUCCGCCAUCUUUGAGAAGAGAGACUACUGGUACAUUGUCAUGAGUGACAUUGGUGUCUUGACCCAGGCUUUGGUCUUGUACACUUGGUACAAGAACUUUGGCGCUUUCAACGUUCUCGUCCACUGGGCCAUUCCUUACCUUUUCGUUAACCACUGGUUGGUGUUCAUCACGUUCCUUCAGCACCUGGACCCCAAGAUGCCCCACUACGAGGCUCACCAGUGGAACUUUGCCAGAGGCGCUGCUGCCACAAUUGACCGUGAAUUCGGCUUUGUCGGUAAGUACAUUUUCCACGACAUCAUCGAGACUCACGUGUUGCACCACUACUGCUCGAGAAUUCCCUUCUACAACGCCCGUGAGGCUUCUGAGGCCAUCAAGAAGGUCAUGGGCCACCACUACCAGCAUUCUGACGAGAGCAUGUGGAAGUCCUUGUGGAAGUCCGCCAGAAUGUGCCAAUACGUCGACGGUGACGAUGGUGUGAUGAUGUACAGAAACGUGAACGGGUUCGGUGUCGACCCUAAGAAGUAG